AUGCCGUAUUUAAAAGAACCAAAACUUUUGGAAAUUACGUUUUUUUCGUUAGCGUUACAAUCGUUGCCGCUAAAAUUGUUGGCGCCGAAAGCGGCACUUUCCGGCGCUAAUACGAACGCCGCACCUUUACGGGAAGCCGCGCGAUUCGUAAAGCUAUUAAAAAAUGUUUUGGCGCGCAAAUUGUUCGGCCGAUAUGGUAUAAAAGGAUUUGGCUUUUUAAAUAGCUUUGCAAGCGCAAAAUUAAAUUUUAAUAAGCUUUUCGAAAAAUUUUGGUAUCGUUUUAGGCAAUUGCUUGUAAACGGACCUUAUACAAUUAUCGGAGUAUAUCGGUAUACGGGGGUUAACGGUAUAGUUUUAAUAUGCUUAACAACCAAAAUAGCGGCUAUAAAAUACCGUACGUUUCGUAUAAUUAUUUUUAAAAAAGGGCAAAUAAAUAAAAUUCCAAUUAUUGCUUUAUUGGAAAUCGAUAACUUUUUGCGACGGAAACGCGUUGCGGAUAUUUAUAUAAAGCGAAAAAAAGGUAAUCAAAACCGAAUCCGAAUCCGAUUAAAUUAUAAUAAUUGGGAAAAAUACCGGGGGGUUGCUAAAAAAGGCCAGCGGGCCGGUUGGAACCGAAAAACCCAAAGCGGAUAUUUAAAAAAAUAUUACCUUUUUUACGAACGGCCAAAUACCGAUUACUUACGGUUACAAUCGUUAAAAUUGUUAAAAUGGUUAUUAAAUGUACAAAAAGGAAAAAAAAGGGCCGUAUCGGGAAAGGGCAAUAUGUUAAAAGUACGGGCGAAACCGCCCGGCAAAAAGCGAAAAGCGUUAAAUGCACGGGCAAAACCGCCCGGCAAAAAAAGAAAAAGGAAGCGCUGGCAGCCAGCCAAGCACGAACCCCCCAAAAAUAUGCCGGCAAAUUACCGGUAUCGCGGCCAAAGCAUAAUAGCGAAGUUAAAAAAUAAAGUAAAGUUUAAAUUGCACGAAAGCGUUUGGAACGCGAAGGAUUUAAAAAACCGACCCCGGGUGCCCGAAAGGGCACGAGGGAGGGGGAAGUUAAAGAAGGAACAAUUUUUGUUAGCGAUAGCACUUUUGCUAUUCCAAAAUAGUUUUUAUAUUUUAAUAGCCUUUUUAUUAAAUAGGAUAAAUUUGUUCGAAAUUGGUACCUUUUUAUAA